AUGUCAGAAGACCGGGCAGCCGAGAGAUCGGGCUACACAGAGAUCUGUGUCCAGAAAUUCUCCUACAGCUGGACCAUAAGCAACUUCGGAUUCUUGCUUCAGGAAAUAGGGGACGCCAUUAAAAGCCCAACCUUCUCCUCAGGAUUAUUCAAUGACAACGACAAAUGGUGUUUGAAAAUACUCGCAAAUGGGAUCAACGAAGAAAGCAAAGAUUACAUGUCAGUUCACCUAACGAUGCUCAGCUGUCCUAAGAGCCCAGCAUGGGCAAGGUUCCGGUUUUGGAUCAUCAGUGUCCACGGAGAGAAAAUCAAUGGCAUGAUAUGCCCAAGAUUCUUCAAGUUCACAUCAAAUCAAACCUGGGGAUUCAAAAAGUUUAUCCAUCGAGAUUUGCUCUUGUCUCUAAGGUCUUGGCUAUUCCCAGACAAUGAACUCACUAUCUUCUGCGAUGUGGACCUCGUGGUCCAAGACUCCCUCAUCAACUGUGGGAAGAGCACGGUGCCCGGUAUCCAGGUUCCAAGGAACACGUUGGAAGAUGAGCUAGGACAGCUGUGGGAGAAUUCCCUCUUCACAGACUGCUGCCUGGUGGUAGCUGGCCAGGAAUUCCAAGCCCACAAGGCCAUCUUAGCAGCUCGCUCUCCAGUUUUCAGAGCCAUGUUUGAACAUGACAUGGAGGAGAGAAGAAAAAACCGCGUGGAGAUCCAGGAUGUGGAGCCCCAAGUCUUCAAGGCAAUGAUGGACUUCAUUUAUACCGGGAAGGCACCAGACCUCCACAGCAUGGCAGAUGCUGUCCUGGCAGCUGCUGACAAGUAUGGCCUGGAGCGUUUGAAGGUCAUGUGUGAGGAUGCCCUCUGCAGGGACCUCUGUGUUGAGAAUGCUGCCCACACACUCAUCCUCGCUGACAUCCACAGUGCAGGGCUGCUGAAGACCAAGACACUGGAUUUCAUUACUGCUCAUGUUUCUGAUGUAUCUGACACCUCAACCUGGAAGACAAUGAUGGUCUUACAUCCGCAGUUGUUGGCUGAAGCAUACAGCUCCUUGGCCUCUACUCACAGUUCAUCACUUGAGCCCCCUCCCAAACGCCUGAAGCAAUCAUAGGAUCCUCUCAGCUGGGAACUACAGGUGUAUUCCAGAAGGAGCAGCCAGCUUUGUAACCAAGGCCACCUGAAGACUGCGGGACAUGUGUAGGAUAUCCAGAGUAUCUGAGGAAAGACAGCAUGUUGGCACAGUACUUUGAUUCCCCUCUAAAUAAGUUGAAUCACGGGAUCACUGGAUUCCCUGUUGCUGGACUGGGUGACUUCUCAAACAUCUGUAACUAGAGACCCAAAGGAUUGAAGU